GCAGGAGUUGAGCAGAAGAGCGCGUGAAAGUGCAGAAAGAGUGAGGCAGAAAGAGAAAGAAAGGAAAGAGGAGGCACGAAGUCAUGGAGAUGGAGGAAAGCUUUGAUGCCGAGGCCAGUUUUGAUGAUGCCUCUUGUCUCUCCCCUCAGAGUCCCGGGUCCACCUCCCCAGCCAGGAGGCAGAAUAAGGAGAAGGAAAUCAAGGAGACCAAAAUCACUAUCAACUGCGUCACCUUCCCUGUGCCCAUGUCUAUGCCGGAGCAGCAGCUUCUCAAGCCCAAUGAAUGGAGCUACUGCGACUAUUUCUGGGCUGAUAAGAGGGACCCUCAAGGGACCACAGUUUCAGGGUUCGAGGUGCUGCUGCAGAAACAGCUGAAGGGGAAGCAUACGCAGAAAGAAAUGGCAGAGUUCAUCAGAGAAAGGAUAAAAAUUGAAGAGGAGUAUGCCAAGAACCUCUCCAAACUCUCACAGUUCCCUAUGGCAGCACAAGAGGAAGGGACUCUUGGAGAAGCUUGGGCUCAACUUAAGAAGAGUCUAGCUGAUGAGGCCGAGGUCCAUCUUAAGUUCUCUUCAAAGCUUCAGAGUGAAGUAGAGAAGCCACUGCUGAACUUCAGAGGAGACAACUUUAAAAAAGACAUGAAGAAAUACGACCAUCACAUCGCUGACCUGAGGAAGCAGCUAGUCAGUCGGUAUGCUGCAGUAGAGAAGGCACGGAAGGCUUUGGCAGACAGACAGAAGGAUCUUGAGGUGAAAACCCAGCAGCUUGAGAUCAAACUGAGCAACAAAACAGAGGAGGAUAUUAAGAAAGCCCGACGGAAAUCUACACAAGCAGGUGAUGAUCUGAUGCGCUGUGUGGACCUUUACAAUCAAGCUCAGUCAAAAUGGUUUGAGGAGAUGGUCACCACAAGCAUGACUGAUUACAGAUCAGUGAUUUCUCUGAGUUUGUGCUCUGAAGGAGUUGGAGAGACUGGAGGUAGAGCGAGUGGAGAUGAUACAGCAGCACCUGCGCCAGUACACCACGCUACGUCACGAAACAGACAUGUUCAACCAAAGUACGUUGGAACCAGUGGACCAGCUCCUGCAGAGUGUGGACCCAGCCAAAGACAGAGAGUUCUGGGUUAAAGAACACAAGACAGGGGAACUGAGACCUGUGGACAUGGACAUCUAGAAGACACAGACCUUUGAGAAACAUACAGUACAGAUUAUAUAAGAAUCUACAUGCAUGCCUGUCUACCUGAGUACUUCAACCUCUCAGCCAAAGCCAUACAGGUAUCUCCCCUUGAAGCACUGGUUGUUUUGUGGAUUUGGAUAGAAAAUACAAAAUCAAAGCUUUCUUAAUCAAAUAGUUUCUUAAUAUCACAUUAAAUUGGUGAUGAUAAAGGACAGAAGCACAGAUUGAAUAUUGAGUAGUGAUUCCGUGCUGUGUUUUAGCAUAUAAUCCUGCAUGUCCUUCAAAUAACUUUAAUAGUAUGCCAUUUAUAUUAACAUUGUCAAGACAACAUUGAUAAAAAUCAGAACAACUAGCAUACUGUACAGUCAAAAUACGACUUGUGUAUUUGCCGAAGUAGAUGCCUACAAAACAAAUUUCAUCCAACCAAUGUUUUUAGUUGUUAUCCUUUUGGUGUCAAAGUGAUAUCGUGAAAACCUGGAACAAGUAUUGCCAUACAAAAUAUUCCAGAAAUACUUUGAAUCUUGUGCAGAAAUAACCAGCACUAAAUUAUGAGGGGAAAAUGCUCAAAUAUAUUGUCAUUAAAUAAUAUUAAUAAAUCUGUUUUGAAAUAUUUUAUUUUAUUUUUAUUUAUUUUUUGCAACAAGGAAUGCAAUGCAAAGUUUUCAAUGUUUUUUUCACAAACUAAACAUAAACUGCUGGCAAAUCUACAGCCUUCCUUCUGAAAGAGAGGUCUGUACAGAAUGCAUUAAUUGAUCUAUUUUCAUAUUUUUGCAGAUUUAUUUUGCAGAAAAGCAUGUUUUGUCUAAAUGUAGUACUAGUUCUGUAUUGUUAAUGGAAAAUAGAUGUGUUACUUGAGUGGUACUGGUUAGUCCAUUGAUUGUGUUCAUGGAAGAUAUAUCAACUAGCUUGGCAUUCAAAAGACCAGGACUCGAUAGCAAAUUCAUAUAAUGUUUCCCUGCUAAAGCCAAGAAACCCUCUUAUUACUCUUUUGGCAUCUAUAAGUUGCACUAAAACAACUUAAUAGAGGAUAACGUUUCUUAAUGGUGAAAUUAUAUGUUUUUGACUGUAGAAUCCAGGUGUCAAUCAAAGGUGGAUCAGAUGUGAACUAUAAUGAUUUGUGUUACAAUGUACACCUUUUAGUGCCUAAAGGUAAAUUUGCCUUGGAAUGUUCAUAAUCUAUUCUGUUAAGUGUUUGUAUAUAGAUGUAAAUAUGUGUGUGCCGUUUUUUUGUCUGUAAUUGUUGUCAAGCACAUCCUUAAAAAUGCUCAUCUCUUUGUCAUCUUUGUGAUACCAUGUGUGUAAAAAUGCACAUUCAUAGAUACGUAAACUUGUGACUGAUGCAUACCACAAUUUUAUAUUGAAUGCAUGUGCAGCUAAUGCAGCUAAUUAUUACAUUGUUCAAACCAUACUGCUCUAAUACUGGCAGAUAAUUUCCCAUUUUAAAAUGAAUACAGUAAUAAUGUGAAAUAUGAUACAUUUAUAGAAUGCUCGUUUGAGAAAGUCAAAGCACAGAUUGUCCAAAGCACAUUCUGGUUAAAGAAAAAUAUGUGCUUUCAUUCAAAUUUCUCUCAGAUUUGUAUUAUUUUACUAUCAGUCGGAUAUGUUCUUGGCAGUCAAAGAAUAGAAUUCAGGUUUAAAAAUGACUUAAUUAUACACUAGCUGCCUCUAUUAAACUUACAAUGCAAAUAUGCACACAAGGAAUCGCUGAUGGAUCUUUUGUGUUCUAAUUAGAUUUUUGUAAAACCCAUUAUAAUGAGAACAUUUGAAUUAUUAUACAAUAAUGUGAAAUAAAAUCAGAAAUGUAUAAGUACAAAUGCAGUACCUUGUGACUGGUAAUGGAUUCACUUAAUUUUUUGCUCUUUUGUAAGUUACUAACAUUCAAUCCAGCAUAGUCUCGUGACAAAUAAUAAUAAUUCAUGCAAAAUGGUGAAAACUUAACAUAUCGUAAAACUUUUAGACCAAAUAAUCAACAAACUAAAUUUUAAGUCUAUACAAUAUAGGCAUACGAUUUUAUCCAUCACUUCAUUUUAGAAAGGAAACAUCGGGGGCCUGGGUAGCUCAGCGAGUCGCGAGUUCAAAUCCAGAGUGUGCUGAGUGAUGCCAACCAGGUCUCUUAAGCAACCAAGUUGGCCCGGUUGCUAGGGAGGGUAGAGUCACAUGGGGUAACCUCCUUGUGGUCGCAAUAAUGUGGUUCUUGCGCUCGGUGGGGCACGUGGUGAGUUGUGAGGAGAAUAGCGUGAAGCCCUCACACGCACUACAUCUCUGCAUAAUGCGCUCAAAAGGCCACGUGAUAAGAUGUGCGGAUUGACGACUCAGAUGUGGAGGCAACUGAGAUUCGUCCUCCACCACCCGGAUUGAGGCGAGUCACUAUGCCACCACGAGGACUUAGAGCACAUUGGGAAUUGGGCAUUCCAAAUUGGGGAGAAAAGGGGAGAAAAAAAGAAACAAAAUGAAAGGAAACAUCUGUAAACAAAUUUGGUUACUCAGUCCAUAUUUAUUUAUGCAAUUCAAAUGACGGAUGUACUGUAUACUGAUGAGCCAAAACAUUAUGACCAAUCACAUCAGAAGCAAAUUACAUUGAUCAUCUCCAAACAAGGCCGCAUGUCAAGGUCUGGAAAGAUUAAAUUGUAUGUGAACAAUCAGUUCUAGUAGUCAAAGUGUUGACUGUAGGAGAAAUGGGCAGGAGUAAAGACCUGAGUGAGUUUGACAAGGGCCAAAUUGUUAUGGCCAGACAACUGGGUCAGAGCAUCUCUGAAAAGGCAAGGCUUGUGGAAUGCUCCUUGUCAGCAGUGGUGAGUACCUACCAACGGAAAUCCAAGGAGGUAAAAACCACAAACCAGUAACAGGGUGUUUGGCGCCCAAGGCUCAUCGAUGCGCAAGGACAAUGAAGGCUAUCCCGUCUGGUCCGAACUGACAGAAGGUUCGGACGUGCAGCCCCAUAUGCAGCAGGGUGAGAUGUACUGUGUAUUGUGACAUAUUCCUCCCAUAACCAUCAUUAACUUGACUUGUGCCAAAUAAGACCUUCUGUCGGUUCGGACCAUAUGGGAUAGCCUUCAUGUGGAGGGAGUGUGAUGCUCUGGGCGAUGUUCUGCUGGGAAACCCUGGGUCCGGCCAUUCAUGUGGACAUCAAUUUGACACGUGCCAACAACCUAAAUAUCGUUGCAGACCAGGUACACCCCUUCAUGGCAAUGGUAUUCCCUGAUGGGAGUGGCCUCUUUCAGCAGGAUAAUGCGCCCUGCCACACUGCACACAUUGUUCGGGAAUGGUUUGAGGAACAUGAUGAAGAGUUCAAGGUGUUGCACUCGCCUCCAAAUUCCUCAGAUCUCAAAUCGAUUGAGCAUCUGUUGAUUGUGCUGGACCAACAUGUCUGAUCCACCACGGCUCCACCUCACAACUUACAGGACUGCUGCUAAUGUCUUGGUGCCAGAUAGCACAGGACAACUUCAAGGGUCUAGUAGGGACCAUUCCUUGGUGGGUCGGUGCUGUUUUGGCGGGAUGUGGAGGACUAACAGUAUAUUAGGCAUAAUAUAAUGUUUUGGCUCAUCGAUGUAUGCCAAUAACCUGUAGUAUGCUUCCCUCCUCUUGUUCCAAACACUGAUGUUUUCUUUCUUAUGUGGUACGCACACUUUAUUUUCAUUAUAAUCAUGGUUAAAUUUAGAGUUUGGGUAAGGGGCUAGACUUUAUCGUUAGGUUUGGGUUAGGGAUUAUACAAAUUAAUAUAUCAUUCAUUGAUUCGUUUAUUUCUCUCUGUGGAAGUAAAAGUUGUACAUAUUUGAGCAAUCCAGCUUGUACGAUUUCUUACAAUUUCAGGACCAGGUUGAUCUUUCCCCUUUCACCUAACAUAGGGUAUGACUGGUUUACAUUUGCUCAGUUUAGCAUGUAACAGUUUUUAAUGUAUUGCAUUGCCCAAGCUAUUCUAGGUCUACAGGUUGCAAAAAUUUUAUUGAAAAUCAAUGUUAAUGGUGUGCAUUCUGUGUAUUCAGAAAACUUGUUCAGUUAAAUGUCUGUGUUCUGAGCUAGAUAUUUUAUAUAUAUAUAUAUAUAACAUUUAUAAUAUUGUAAAUAUCAACAUUUACAAUAUUAUAUAUAUAUAUAUAUAUAUAUAUAUAUUGUAAAUGUUGAUUUAUUUGCUCUCAACUUAAUAUGAAGUUUAUGUUGAAUAUGCCCAGGACAUGACUACAAUGUCUAUAAAAAUUAUUUAAAAAAAAACUCUAAUUGUUAUUACCAGUCAGUGAGGUUUCUUGUCCAGAACCUCUGUGGACCUCAUCAAAAAAAUUAAAUAAAAACAUAA